UGUCGCGAGCGCGCGGGUUUGCGCGGGUCAGAGGAGGAAGAUGUCUGCUCUGCUCCAGUGUGUUUAGUGUGUAACGUUAGUGUAACUGCGCGGGGAUCGAGCUGAUCGAGUGAGAUUAUCUCAGCAUGUUCAGCGCCACAUCAGACACGGAGCGGCCGACACACUCCUGCUCCAUCACUGCUCUGCUCGCGCACAGAUCUCUGAAGAGACGCAGAGGAGACGAGCAGCGGCUGCAGGAGUCCUGUGUGGAUCUGCUGACGAGACACCAGAACCCGUCUGCGCUGCUGCUGGAGAUCACAUCACACGGCGAGGCCCGAGACGUCAGCUGUGACGGACUCAACGCAGACAUCCAGACGUCUGUUCUGGAGGACGAGCUGCGGAGGCGAUCGGAGCAGAUGCAGGUUCCGGUCGGGCUGCUGGCCGUCAGAGUUUUGUCUGGAAACAUCCGGGAUCUGAUCGCACACACGGACGCUAACACGCAUCGUGUGCUGCUGAGCGCUGAACAGAGAACUGACGUGUGUGCGUUAGUGAAGUCCGCUCGAGCGCUGAUGUCUGCUGGGGUAUUCAGCCCUGAACUCUUCUGGCAGGAAUACUUGAAGCUGCAGCCUGUGCUGGAGGUGACGUAUCAUCUGCACACACACAACAUCCUCACGCUGGACUUCAUGCUGGACAGAGAUGCAGCAGCUGUGACCUCGUGGAUCACGGAUCAGCUCAAAGCUUUAUGUGUUUCCAUGACAACUGCAGCGGAUGAACAACACAUGCACCAUCAGAUUCUCUCCACUGUCGUGUGUGUCCUGGUGCGGAGGGCCUUUGAAGACUCCUGUCACAAGCUCUCUGAGACCUGCGGCUCGGUUCUGGACGCCAUGAUGUCCUGGCUGCUGGAUUCAGUGAGUGAGAGAGGCUCUGAGACGUCAGCCGCUGCGCUCUGGGUUCAGGUGUUCGACGCCUCAGUGUUCGGUGUGUGCGUUUCUGAAGACACACUGCAGCGCUUCUUCACACACUCGCUCAUGCGUGUUCUUACACACCAACCCGUCUUUAAAGUGUCAGAUGCCAUCGCUAUACAGAGUGAAUGGACCUUUGCUAAAACCCUUCCGUUACUGACGGCUCUCUUCCGUAAGAUCUGUGUGGUCUUCAGUGUGGAGUGUGUGUUGAAUCAGCUGCAGCAGGUCUUGGAGACUCAUGAGGUGAACUGGCGUCACAUCCUCUCGUGUCUGUCUCAUCUGCUGGUCCAUCACUCGCAGACGCAGAGCCUCCUCACAGAUCUGCUGUCCAGGCUGCUGAGAUCAGCGUUCGACGGCUACGACCUGGAGAAGAUGAUCACGGUGUUCCUGCUGGCCCGUCAGGCGUCUCUCGAGGGACCCGCCGUCUUUCCCUCCUACAGCGACUGGUUUAAAUUGUCUCUUGGUGGAUCUAGCAGCUUUCACGCUAAAAGCAGGAAGUCCACGGUGUUUCUCCUGAAGUUCCUGUCAGAUCUGGUUCCCUUUGAACCGCCACAGUAUCUGAAGGUUCAUGUCAUGCAUCCUCCGUACGUCGGAGGAAAGUAUCGCUCUCUCCUGCAGGAGUACGUCACGCUAGCCAAGACACGCCUGAGAGAUCUGAAGGUGUCGCUGGAGGAGACGAGCAUCUUUGAGGUGGUGAACGGCUCCGCCGGUGCGACUGAAAGUCCAGCGCAGCAGGAUGUGGAGAAGGCCGUAACUCUCUUCAUGAGCACCAAUAAGAUCCCAGCGACCGUGAUAGAGGCCAGUAUUUUUAGGAGGCCGUAUUUCCUGUCCCGUUUCCUGCCUGCUCUCCUCUCUCCGCGUGCGCUUCCUGUGAAGUCAGAUGCCAGAAUGACCUUCAUUGAGGCCUUGAGGAAGGCAGAUAAGAUCCCGGCCGCCCUCUACACGUCAUACACAGACUCCUGUCAGAGAGAGACGUACCGACAGAAACAAGGUGUGGGUGAGUCCAGUGAGGACGAUCACCUGAUGAUUCUGCGCGAGCAGUUCCUUCACCUGAGGAGAAUGAUGACCGACGGGGCUGCUGACGGCGAUGUUCGCGCUCAGCUGUCCAGGAUCUCUCUGACUUUGAGGAACAUGCAUCCUGAUGAAGAGACAGGAAGUGAUGUCAUCACGCUGAACCUGGAUUCGCCUGAUUCAACGCACGCUGCCGUCGCUAAUCUGAUUUUGCAGAGCUUCUGUCUGUGUUUGCUGGAUGCUUCCAGAAUCAGCCCUCCUAACAGGCAGGGUUCGUGGCCCGCUGUCUUUGUGAAGGUUCUGUUGGGUCACAGAUGGCUCGUCUCAGCCCUGAUACACAGACUGUGGGAUCUGCUUCAGCACCAGGUCGAGGCUCUGAGCGCCACUCACGUGUUGGGUUUGGCGGCGCUGCAGGUGGAGCUGCAUCACUGCAGACACGCGUGUCCUCGGGUGCAGCUGACGGGCUCGUCUGCGGUCGCUCUCUCUGUGUCCCAGUGUGUCUGUGAGGCUCUGAUCUGCUCCACACGCUCACACAUGGCCCUCUGCCUCAGGUUGUGUGUGGCCGUUCUGUCUUACGGGCUGUGCAGAGCCAACGCUCAGUCAGAGGAUCUGCAGAACUUCGUCCCAGAAACACUUUAUAAAAAGGCUCAGUAUGUGAUGGCCAGACUCGUCCCAGAGACCCGAGCGCACAUGAGCGAUGAAGACACGUCUGAUACCUACUCAGAUGUUUCUGAUCUCACUGGGCGAGUGAAGGACUCGGCUGUGGCUCUGUGGAGAAACGCACAGAUCCGAAUCCUGAAGAAACUGCCUCAGUAUCAGCUCUCUUUCUCUGAGUGGCUCUCAGCUGAACUUCAGGUUCAACGGAGCCAAGAUGCACUGGCAGAUCCAGAGAGGCAGGAGUACGAGCAGUGGGCGUGUGAACAGUAUUAUAUGCACAUGUCUACACAUGAUGGAGGAUGUGAAGGAGACAUGACGCAGAUCUGCGGUCACAUCAUCACUGCUGUUCUAGACCAGCACACAGCGUCACGAACAGGAGACAGUUCCCAUGAACACACAGACAGCUGUCUGCCUGACCUGCUGUCGCUCUUACAGGCGUUACUGUACGAAGUGGUGGUCACUCAGCACUGCGCAUCAGAUGAGACGGGUCACUUCCUCUGGGACCUGAUUGACAGCAGGUGCUCGGUAACCCCUGACUCUGACAGCAUCGGACAGGAGCUGAAAUAUCAGCAAACGCUUCAUAACGUCAGCCGGGUUCUUGUGCUGCUUCCUGCUGUCCUGCUGGUGAGCGUCAGAACAGACCGGAAAACCCUGGACUGCCAUCGGAUGAUCGAACACAUCAGUCAUGUUCAGAGGAGGGCGUGUUGUUCUGCUGGUCUGCUGUCUUUCAAUCUCACGACUCACUUCCUCAAAGCGGUCAUGAGUGGCAGCGUGAGCUGUGCUGGUCCUGCUGACGCAGUGAACGCGUGUCUGUCUGAGUUCAGCGCUCAGUGUCCACUUCUGCUGCUGUCUGCUGCGUGUUGGUGGAGGCGUCUGUCUGCGGCGCUGAGCUCACAGUGGAAGCGUUUGACCGGACGAGACACGCUGCCUCAACAGCUGCAGAUGCUGGACGACAGUUACAGCUGGAGCUCACGGCUGGUUCGGGGACUGGUGUCCGCUGCGCCACCGGCUCCAUCAUGGCUGCUGGCCGCAUCUCUGCACAGUUCCCUGAGGGGAUCAGACAGUGAGAUCCUGAAACGGGUUCUCAGACAGCUGGACGAGACAGACACGCAGGUUUCGCUCUUCCUGUUUCUCUACAGCGUCAUAGAGCUCAUCUCCGCUCACCUGAGCGAACAGGCUGUGGCGUGUGUGAAGCGCGUCAGAGACGUGAGCGCCUAUCUCCUCACUCACCUCGUGCACGAUUCUGAUUGGCUGCGGCUGUUUGAUCAGUCUGGAUCAGAUCACAGACUGUCUCAUUUCACGUCACGUGUGGCGUCUCCUCAGAUACUCAGACUGAUGCCGUUUGCCUUCUACAGCAUUCUCACUGCGGUGGAGUCAGAGGUCCUGGAGCGAGCGAUUCGGUCUCCUGGCUUCCUCUACAGCGCUGCCGUCUGCUACAGGGAUCUCAGUCAGCUCUUCAUGAACAGCUCGCAGCAGCAGGUCCUGCUGGAGGCCCGGCGACUUCUGAUGAGCAGCAUCUCUCUGAGCUCACGCAACUGUCUGACGCUCAGCCAGAGAAAACAGCUGUGCUCAGAAUACGAGCAGCUGGACGCAGAGAUAUCAGCGGCGCUCGCACACCUCACAUGAGAAACGACGACAGGUGACGGAUGGGACUCUUCAUGUUAUGACGGGACUGUGUUUGUGUUUGACUGAGAGUAACAAUAAACCAUGAUGAGCUCUCA